AUUCAUUUCUACGGCGGCGGUUUACGUGUCCUCGAUCCUUAUCAUUCGUGAAAAAGAUCCCGCCCUACCCAAGUGUCCCCUUUGUCCUGCCCGCUUGUCCGCCAUGUCCACGCUCAGCGACGCCGAGAUGCUCCAGCAGAUGCAGCAGCGUCUGGAGAGUGUAACCGCUGCCAAAGCGGCCAAUGCGGCGGCCGGCAAGCAGCUGGACGAGAAGCUGCGUGUGGCCUUCAAGAACCCUCCGCGUCGCCCCAACAUGUCGGCGGAGCGUCUCAAGGAGGAGAUGGAGCAGAAGGAAUGGCACCGCAACACCACGUCCAUGUCGGCCGGCGACGAGCGUGUACUGUUGCGCGAGUUGCAGCAACUUAAGGACAAGUUGGCGCAACAGGAGGCCUGCGAGGAGUUUCAAGCCAUGAUCGACCGCACGCGCCAGGAGCGUCAGGAGCGCUUCGAGCAACAUAAGGAAUACGAAGCCACGCUGCAGCAAUUACAGCAGGGUAUCCGUAAACUCAAGCUCGCAGCGCAUAUCAACAAGCCCGUGGUGGACUUCGUUACCGUCGAGGUGACGGUACCUGCGGACAAGAUGGGUGCAGUCAUUGGCAAGCAGUUCGCCCACGUGCACCAGAUGGAGAAGGAGUGCUGCGCUAUGAUCGAGGUGGACAAUAAGCUGAAUACCGUCAAGAUCACGAGCGCCCCGGAGCAGGUGCAGGCGGCCAAAGUAGCCAUCGAGGACAUCACUCUGGCUACCACUCACUCCAUUGGCCUGCAUCCUGACUCGGUCAAGGUGCUCAUGUUCCAGCAAGCCAAGCAUCUGCACGAGUUGGAGAAGUCGCUCAAGCUCAAGAUCGACAUUAGUAGGACGGACGGCAUCUUGACCGUGCAGGCCUCGCCAGACAAGGCCAAGCAGCUCAAAAAGGCCAUUAACGACUUGACAGCUGGUAAAGUGGACAUCUUGCUGCCGUCGGAAGUUGUCCCGAAGCUGAUCGGCAAGAAAGGAGAGACGAUCAACCAGUUGAUGGAGGACACGGGGGCAUUGGUGGACAUUGACAAGGUGACCAACAACGUGCGGCUUGUGGGCACGAAGGAGAGUGUGGCUAGUGCGGAGAAGUUCGUCCGUGAGCUCAUUAACGAGCAGUCGCAACGUGAGAAGAACUUUACACCGGAAGACAGGGAUUUAUUCAAGGGUCCAGAGUUCUCCAAGUACAAGUUCGAGUUUUUCGCCGAGUUCCUCAUGGCCGACAAGGCCAAGCAACUGCGUCUGUUACGUACAGAUGCGGCCGAGGCUCGGAUCAAGGUGUUCAAGAAGGAGCGUCGCAUUCACGUACUGGGCAACAAGAAGCAGAUCGACGCGAUGGACGAUGCGCUUCGUGAACGUCUGAAAGAGUUCGAGCAGCACCACUGGGUGCACGAGGUGGUCGACAAUCACUUGCUGAGCCUCAUUAUUGGCAAGAAAGGCAGCAAGAUCAAGGAGAUUGAAAGCGAAGGCAAGGAAGGCAACGUACGCAUCGAUAUCCAGGACACGUACGUCUGCGUGUUCGGUGACGAUGAUGAAGCGAUCGGCAAUGCCAAGGCGAAGAUCAUGGAGAUCGUGGACAACAACCAGCGCUCGGUCUUCGUGACGUCGCGCUACUUGAUCGCUGUCUUGAUGGCCUCCAAGCGCGAGAAGCUGUCGGAAAUCGAAGCUAACAGCGGCUGCAAGUUGCAUCUGCCCCCUCCGCCUCGUGAAGGAGCCGCUCGGAGUAGCGACAGUGAGUCGGAUCAGAUCAAGAUCUCGCUCACUGGUUCACUGGAGUCUAUUCACAAGGCGAAGGAGCAACUGGAAGAACUGGACGAGGCUCAUCACGUGCGAUACCUGCCACUGGAUGACGACGAAAUUCCGACUGUGAUCGGUAAGAAGGGAGAGACUGUGUCGGAACUUGAGAGCAAGAGUGGAGCCAAGGUCCGCGUGCUGCGUGGAACGGGUGGCCAACCUUCUGAGCUCGAAAUGAUUGGCACAGAAGAGCAACUCAAGACGGUGCAGGAAGCUGUCGAUGAGCUCUUACAGACGCAGAACCGCCAACUUCUUCAGCUGGAUGCGUUUGCAACGGGUUGUUUGAUCGGUAAGAAGGGCGAGCGCAUCAAAUCGAUGCGUCUGGCUCAUCCAGAGGCCACGCUGGAUGCAUUCCCGAACCGUGGCCAGGUCCGCGUCAAGGCUGCGUCCUCUGAAGCUCUCAAGGCCUGUGUUGACGACGUGCUGAAGACUUUACAGGAAACGCACGUGGUCGAGAGUGUCCAUGUACCUCGACAGGAACAACAGAGCAAUGCAGGAUUACCCCGCGGUGUCGCUGGACCAGUUCCAGCAAACUUUACCACGCUAUUGGAGAAGCACGAGGCGAUUGCAAUGCGUCUCCAGGAAUUGGAGGCUGAAGGAGGUGAAGGAAUGAGAGUGUCUAUACAGGACGACGGCAAGGUGGCGAAGAUCCGUGGUCCUGCCAUGGGAAUCGGCAAGAUCAAGAAGUUCUUGGAGAUGCUGGUGUCACCGGACUCUCACUUCGUGGAGACCAUUCCUUUGCCUUCCAUUUCGUUUGCCAGUGCACUGGAGGUUAAGGGAGAAGCUGCGAAGCUCAACGAUAACGCUUUGCGGAUCUGCAAGCAAACAGGAUGUGAGCUUCGCAUCAAGCGCUCACCGGCAGCUUCAGGCGCGACUGAGGAGGGGACGAUCCGCAUUGAGGGUACCAAUGCCUCUCAGGUGUACGAAGCCAAGGCGGAGGUGGAGACGGUGCUGCAGUUCUACUUCACGGAUUGCUUCCAGACUCUCGAAGACCUGCCUCCGUCCAUUGCGACACGUAUGUACGAACUGUUGCCCACUCUCCGCGCGAAGUACAACGUUGUGUUCUCGCUGCCCACCAAGACCAGCUUAAAGGUGUUCGCCGACUCCAAGAAGAACGCCCAGGAGAUCACACAGCAGCUCAAAAAGGACGUCGAAGCCUGGAAGAAGCAACACGUUGAACUGCCAAUUGCUGGUUGGCUUGUUCCCAUUCUCGUGGGUCGCAACGGCGAGACCAUCAAGAAAAUCAGCACAGACAGCAACGCUCGACUGGAUGUGAGCACUCCAUCGCCUUCUGGCUCUCGUCAUGAUGACCGUGUGCUUACUAUCAGCUCGAGGGACAACGAGGCUAUUAAACUUGCGACUGAGAAGGUUCAAGAACUGCUCACUCACAACAAGAACAUGUCCUCCGUUGUAGAUGUCAGCAAAAGCAAGCUGGAUGUGGCGCUAUCAGUCAAGAAGGACGCUGCCAAGGGCAUUCAGUUCCACGUAAUUGACGGCGAGAAGAAGGGAGAAUUGCAGGUUGUGGUGUACGGCGAAGACCACGAUGAACGCGAGCGGAUAGUGGAGAAGAUUGAGCAUCUUUUGGAGAUCUUCGUGGUCGAGACUAUCGCCCUUCCCACUACUGUGUCGCCAGCCUUCGCGAGCUCCAUGGUCGGCUCAUUAAUCGGCAAGAGUGGCGCCAAUAUUCGUGCUCUUCAAAAGCAAUUCUCAGACGUGAUGAUUGACAUUCGUCGUAGUGACAACUCGAUCACUCUAAAGGGGCCAACGGAUGAGGUUGCAAAGGUUCGCACUGUGAUGGAGGACAAGAUCCAGGAGCUACUGCGCAAUGAGGAGGAGUUCCAGCAGCGUCGCAGUAGUCGUUACCAGCAAGAGACUGAGGAGCAAGAAGAAGACAAGAAGAGUAGCGCUCGUGACGCUGAAGUUAGUGACGAAAACUCACAGCCGAACACGCAGCAACAGCGAAUGCCACCGAAGCGUGUUGGCCCUGUGGGUGGCACUCCAGCGAUGGGGGAAGUCAAGUUGACCAAGAAUCAGCGUCGACGCAUGCGUAAGCGCGCCGAGAACGAAAAGUCUGAUGUCUUGUCCAUGCUGGUAGGCAACGGCCAGGGAGAUUCGACCACGACGACAACGACGACUGUCAAGACCGUGACCAGCAACGGUGCUACGACUACCUCCACUACCACCACGACAAAGGGGAGCAAUGGUGGAUACUACCACUCGUCCAGUGGAUACUCGUUGCGCUUGUAAGUAGCUCGGCCAUUGUUAACCGUGUGCUUAUGUCAAAAUGCAGACGUGAAAUGUAUUGUGCCUUUCCAAAGUUUUGGCCAAUCUGACCUUUAAAGGCUGGUCCUAAGCAAGGGUGGGUAGGGCUAAAGGUUGGAUUUGAGGACGAACUGGAGUUGAAUUGCUAAGCCAGGCCACUAAAUAAAAUGAUAUUUCACCAAUAA